AUGGGAUCCCUCAACUCAAGUGGAAUUGAUGCUUAUCCCUUCCUCCCUCCAAAUUCUUCCCGAGCGAAGGAUAGUCAGUAUUCCCUGGCGACAAUAGCCGGUCUGGCGGCGCUGGUAAGCUUUCUCAUAUUGUUCACCAUUGUCGGGAACGUGCUGGUAGUGAUAGCAGUGUUAACGAGCCGGGCUCUCAAAGCCCCGCAGAACCUGUUCCUCGUCUCCCUGGCUACGGCUGACAUCCUGGUGGCCACGCUGGUCAUGCCCUUCUCGCUGGCCAACGAGCUCAUGGGAUACUGGUACUUCGGCAAAGUUUGGUGCGGCAUCUACCUCGCGCUGGACGUCUUGUUCUGCACCUCCUCCAUCGUCCACCUGUGCGCCAUCAGCCUGGACCGGUACUGGUCGGUGACGCAGGCGGUGGAGUACAACCUGAAGCGGACGCCGCGCCGCGUCAAGGGCAUCAUCGUGGUGGUGUGGCUGCUGUCGGCGGUCAUCUCGUCGCCGCCGCUCAUCUCCAUCGAGCUGCACCCCGAGCAGCAGCAGCGGGCAGUGGCGGCGGCGAUGGCGUUGGGGUCGGGGGCGCUGGCACAGCCGCAGUGCGAGCUGAACAACGACACCUGGUACAUGCUGUCGUCCAGCAUCGGCUCCUUCUUCGCGCCCUGCCUCAUCAUGGUGGCCGUGUACGUGCGCAUCUACCAGGUGGCCAAGACGCGGACGCGCGGCUCCUCGGAGAAGCGCAAGAGCGCGGCCAGCGCCGACGGCGUCACGCAGACGCAGACGGAGAACGGCUUCAGCAAGGCCACGGUGACGGUCGCGGUCGGGCAGCGGAAGAACGGCCACUGCCCGCUGUCGGCGCCACCGACGCCUGCCCGCGGCCACGCCACCACCACCGGCGCCACCACCACCACCACCGAGGACCUGGAGGCCGAGGACAGCAGCUCGUCGGAGGGCAAAGGCGGGCGUCUGGAGAGGACGUCGUCUGGGGUUGUCGGAGGAUACGGCUCGGACGGACGCACGGGCAGCCUCCUGUCGAAGCACGCCGGCCGCGCCAGCUGCAAGUCCAUGGAGCUGUUCGCCUCGCACCGCCGCCGCCGCGGCACGGCCUCGCGCAAGAAGGCCUCGCAGGCGCGCGAGAAGCGCUUCACCUUCGUGCUGGCCGUGGUCAUGGGCGUCUUCGUGCUCUGCUGGUUCCCCUUCUUCUUCACCUACAGCCUGCAGGCCGUGUGCCGCGAGGCCUGCCACAUCCCCGAGCCCCUCUUCAAGUUCUUCUUCUGGAUCGGCUACUGCAACAGCUCGCUCAACCCCGUCAUCUACACCAUCUUCAACCAGGACUUCCGCCGGGCCUUCCAGAAGAUUCUCUGUAAGUCCUGGAAGAAAUCCUUUUAA